AGGGAAGGGAACCGCAGGAUUCGGCGGAGGAGGGGAGCUGCGAUCCGUCAGGCGAACGGCGGGGCGGCGCGGCGAGGCGCGGAGGCCCCCGGAGGGGUCCUUCGGGGACGGGGACGGAGGGAGCGGGACGGCGCCGCGAUGAACCUGGAGCUGCUCGAAUCCUUCGGGCAGAACUACCCCGAGGAGGCCGAUGGCACGCUGGACUGCAUCAGCAUGGCCCUGACCUGCACCUUCAACCGCUGGGGCACGCUGCUCGCCGUGGGCUGCAACGACGGGCGCAUCGUCAUCUGGGACUUCCUGACCAGGGGCAUCGCCAAGAUCAUCAGCGCCCACAUUCACCCCGUCUGCUCCUUGUGCUGGAGUCGAGAUGGCCACAAAUUAGUGAGCGCUUCAACCGAUAACAUUGUGUCACAGUGGGAUGUGCUCUCUGGAGACUGCGACCAGAGAUUUCGAUUUCCUUCGCCUAUCUUGAAAGUUCAGUACCACCCUCGAGACCAAAACAGAGUUCUGGUUUGUCCCAUGAAGUCUGCGCCGGUGAUGCUAACGCUGUCAGACUCCAAGCACGUUGUUCUGCCCGUGGAUGAUGAUUCUGAUCUCAACGUUGUGGCCUCCUUUGACAGGCGAGGGGAAUACAUUUAUACAGGCAAUGCCAAGGGGAAGAUCUUGGUCUUAAAAACAGACACUCAGGAUCUUGUUGCUUCCUUCAGAGUGACAACUGGAACCAGCAACACCACAGCUAUUAAAUCAAUUGAAUUUGCUCGGAAAGGAAGCUGCUUCUUGAUAAACACAGCUGACAGGAUAAUCAGGGUGUAUGAUGGCCGUGAAAUUUUAACCUGUGGCCGAGAUGGGGAGCCUGAACCGAUGCAGAAGCUGCAGGAUUUAGUGAACAGGACCCCAUGGAAGAAGUGUUGUUUCUCUGGUGAUGGUGAAUAUAUAGUAGCAGGUUCGGCACGACAGCAUGCCCUAUACAUCUGGGAGAAAAGCAUUGGAAACCUAGUGAAAAUCCUCCAUGGGACCAGAGGAGAGCUGCUCUUGGAUGUAGCAUGGCAUCCUGUCCGGCCGAUCAUAGCUUCCAUUUCCAGUGGUGUUGUAUCCAUAUGGGCUCAGAAUCAAGUGGAAAACUGGAGUGCCUUUGCGCCUGACUUCAAAGAACUGGAUGAGAAUGUAGAAUAUGAAGAGAGGGAGUCCGAGUUUGACAUUGAAGAUGAAGAUAAGAGUGAACCAGAACAGACAGGUGCUGAUGCUGCAGAAGAUGAAGAAGUGGAUGUAACUAGCGUGGAUCCCAUUGCUGCCUUCUGUAGCAGUGAUGAAGAACUGGAGGACUCCAAGGCUCUGCUUUACUUACCCAUUGCUCCUGAAGUGGAAGAUCCAGAAGAAAACCCCUAUGGGCCUCCCCCUGAUGCUGUUCAGAGCUCUUUAAGCGAUGAGGGAAUAGGUUCUGAGAAGAAGAGGCAGUCCUCCUCUGACGGACCUCAGGCACCAAAGAAGAAGCCCAAAACCACCAACAUUGAACUACAAGGAGUACCUAAUGAUGAAGUCCAUCCGCUGCUGGGUGUGAAGGGAGAUGGUAAAUCCAAGAAGAAGCAAGCAGGCAGGCCUAAAGGAUCAAAAGGUAAAGACAAAGAUUCUCCAUUUAAACCGAAACUCUACAAAGGGGACAGAGGUGCUUUACCUCUGGAAGGAGCAGCGAAGGGUAAAGUGCAGGCGGAGCUGGGACAGCCUUUGACAGCAGGUGGUGCAAUCUCAGAAUUGUUAUGAAGACAUUCUUCCUUACCUUCCCCUGUUCUUUCCUAUAUUGGCACCAUUAAUACGGAAAAUAGAUGAAAUGCUCAGUCAGAACGGACUGGCUAUCAUACAGCAGCCUGAUUGUUCAUGGAUUCAGGGAGUGACUUUUAUAAGAAAUGAAUAUCGAAGAGGAAAUGGCCUUCAUUCUUCCUUAAUUGCCUCUUCAUCGAACAGUGUAAGAUGCUGACUCUCAGGUCAUGCGAUUUGCAAAGAGACUUAAUUGGACUGCCUUUGUGUUGUCACGUAUCACCGUUUCUCAACCGAGCUGGUACCCAACACAUUGCCACUCCAGAGCUUGUCAACCUUUUUUAAAGUAAUUUUUUUGUUCCUGGAUUGAAGAAUACCUAAAGUGUAUGGUUUUUAUUCCCGGUACCGUAUGGCUUUGUAUCCUCCAGACUUCCCUUGGCUAUUCAUUUUCAUUUCGGCCAGCUGUAGGUCCUUCUCUGCUAGCUGCACUACUUCUCAGCUGUUCUGUUAGUUCAGUGCGAUGUCUUCUGUGCUGACAUGCUUAGUGAAACACUGCUACUGAUUAUGUGCCAGGUUUGAUUUCAUCGCAAGUGGAUAGAGACGUAAAGCGAAGAAUCAAGACACCCUCUGAAGUCUGCAAAAAAUGAGUCGUCAUAGAGUGGAUAUUUGAGACGUGAAGGACGACUCUGCUUGUGGGAAGAGGAACAAAGGAAAGUAGCUCUAGAUAAAAUACUCAGUUUAUUUGCUUUCAUCUAGACUGUAAUAUGAAAAGCUGUGUUGGCAGUUUCUUUCCGUCCUUGCAAGUGUUUUUAUUCUGUUUCUUUCCUUUAAGAUGUACUACCAGACACAAUUGGUUUCCUCCUUUGCUGGUGUAUACUAGCAGUUAGAAAAGAAGCAGAGCCAAUAUUUAUCCUAACUGUAUUUUUUCAGUAAUCUUUCCAAGACUUAAAGAUGAAAUGAAUAACAAUGUGAUCGUAUAAAAAACAAAACAUAUGGAACUCGAAUUUUUUAAAAACGAUCUUUUGUUUUAUUUCUUUUCCACUUCUGGAUCAAGAAUAGAAGAACGAUGAACGCUCGCAGCUUCUUCCCAGCUGUACUUCAAGCUUUUAUUUCUUAAUGACAUUUGUAAUGUUUUCUUUGUGGGAAUGGCAAGAGACACUGCUCUGUCCCGUACCUACAGCCUGAUCCUUCUGCACUAGACCAACGGCUUGCUAAGAGAAAGCUUUCCUUCCUAAUGCCCUUUGUUUUGUAGUGACUCUCACGGUUCCUAUGCAACACUUCAUUUUUUUUCCCAGUUGUAAUUAUUGAGCUAUCUCCAUGUAUUUAAAUUUUCAAAGUAUGCUGCAGACAUUAAAAGCCAGGAAGAGGAGUCGUAAAGAGAUGUGUUAAUUUAUGGUCGGAAGCGUGCUGUAAUCGUGUGAGAUACGAGCAUGGGAAGAAGGGAGGCGUUUUAAAUCGGAAGGAUUUUUUAAAACUGGUAUUUUCAUUUCUGGCUUUGGUACAGUGUUCUGCUUGAUGAAAUUCCUUCCCACGUGUACAGUAUUAGUUUUCUUUGUUCUUUCUGCUUAUAGGACAGUUUGCAUCUUUUCUAGAACGCUGUUAUGUCAAAUCCCCCCGUAUGUGGCAUGGCUGAGCUCACAGGCUUUCAAAGAUGCACAGGCAAUGGUUCUCUAGAUUAUUUUACAGCAUAUUAUUUGCCACAGACUCCAGCUGUGACUCCAUUUCUGUUAAAACUUCUUUGUACAGUGUAUAUGUCCUUGGUUUUUCUUCCAUCUUUGAUUUUUCGGUAUGUGUAGUUUUGUACAGUAUUUGUCAGAUACUGGCUUGCUGGUAGCACAUAGCAGCGAUGUUAGUUUUUGUGUCUGUAAAUAAAGAUGUACGUUUUAUUUCCUAAAGUCA